GACCUCAGUCACAUGACAGAAUUCUGCAGAGCCUCAAGCGCCAACAAGCCCAUCAUACGAAAUGUAUUUAAAUAGUACCAAUUCAACUCUGGACAGUGCAACCAUUAACAUGCUUCAGAACCAAGUCAUCAUGGUUGCCUUGCCAGUUGUGUACUCCCUGACAGCAAUCAUCAGCAUCCCUGGAAACGUUUUCUCCCUCUGGAUACUCUUCCGCCACAUCAAGCCCAGAACCACCUCGGUCAUCUUCAUGAUUAAUCUUAGCAUCACCGAUCUUGCGCUGGCUUCCUGUUUCCCCUUCCAAAUUAUAUAUCACUAUGGUGGGAACAACUGGACUUUCGGCAGGCGCACGUGCAGCUUCGUCACGGUGAUGUUUUACGCAAACAUGUAUUGCUCCAUAAUCACUAUGACCUGCAUCAGUUUGGAGCGAUACUUGGGAGUGGUAAAACCAAUGACGUCCCAGAAAUGGAGAAGAAAGAGAUACGCGAUUGCCUGCUGCCUUGGAAUGUGGUUUCUUGUUCUGAUAGCCCUAUGGCCAUUAGAAGCGGAAGACCUGACUUUUGAAGUGAAAGAACUGAACAUUACCACAUGCUUCGAUGUGCUUAAGUGGAAAAUGCUUCCUAGCAUGGGGGCAUGGGCAGCUUUCCUUUUACUGCCCUUCUUCUUCUUCUUCUUGCUCCCGUUUAUAGUGACCAUAAUCUGUUACUUUAGCAUUAUUCGGAAGCUGAUCCAGGCCUCUAAGAAAUAUGGCAAUGGGCAGAAGAACCGAUCUAUCUACUUGGCCACCAUAGUCGUCUUGGUGUUCAUCAUUUGUUUUGCUCCCAACAACUUUGUCCUGCUGGUGCACAUCAUCAGCCGCCUCCGUAAACAGGAAGGCUACUACUACAUUUACAAACUCACCUUGUGCCUCAGCUGCCUCAACAACUGCAUCGAUCCAUUCAUUUACUACUUUGCAUCCAAGGAGUUCUAUCAGACAUUCAUGCAGGUGAUCGGCAAGAAGGUACCUCUGAUGGAAAGCUGGGAAAGUAGAAGGGAAAGCAUGUUCUCUGCCAGGACGACGUCGGCAAGAUCGAUGUCAAGCGGACACGCGGAAGGGGUGGCAGAACAUAGACCAUGUUUGCAAAGAAGUGAAAGUGUGUUUUGACACCGGGGUUCAAAUGGGAAGCGGGUGCCAUCUUUGCUCCGUAAAAUGAAACCAUAGCACUGGUGUCAUUGAAUGAAGCCACUGCUGGUGUCAUUGGAAGGUAUAGAUAUCAAGGAACACCAAAGGCAGAACUACAUGUUACUGGAGAGACAUGGUGCUGCUCCCCUCAAAUGGCAUUAUUUUUAUUAUUUAUUAAAUAUCCACCCAAAUAUUAUGUUCUCCCCAAACCUUCCUUAAAAGGCAGUAAGCUAAUCAUGUGAAGAAAUGUCAUCGUGCCAUGCAUUUCAGUGCCUGCUUCAACAUCACCCAGUGAUAUGGGGCCAGGGUGGAAAAACUAUGAUAUGAUGGCAUUACAUCAAGGGAUAAGUAAUAUAAAUUAUGAGGGACUGGAGUAGAGUUUGAGACAGGGUUACGGCCUUUCAUGGCAGCCCAAAUGUGCUGUAAUGUGGAGUUCUGCCCUAAGGAACCAAUUCUAAAAAGGCAUUCACUUACUUGCUGAAAAUAAAUGUUUAACAUUCACCACUUUCACAUCUCUUUUCAGCUCUUGGCAGUCAAGCCAUUUGCAACUCAAUCCUCUCUGUUUUGACAUAUUGUGGCUAUAGUAUCUAGGAAAUCUACUUUAUGGAGAUCUUAAUAUUAAGCUUGAAAGUGCCGCCAAAGGUCAGUAACACCUUCACCCACUUACUUAACUAUGAAACAUUCAAUGGCUGCACUUUUGUAUGUGUACAAAUACAAGUUCCAUUGUCUCUUGAUUUAUUUAUUUUUAAUCAUUUCCGGCCUUGCUUCUAAGUUUGAGUAAUUGUUUUUAAUUUCCAAUUUUAAUUUCCACUUAAUGCUUUAUACAAUUUGAUCAACAGAACUUUCAAGCUUAAUAUGGAGGUAUCAAUAAAGUAUAUUUCCUUGUUUCAUAGACAAGUCAGUAAGUGCAAGCACUACUGACCUUUGGUGGCACUGUAAACAAAAAUAUUAAGACACACUAGGCAGUCUUACAUGAGAUUUAAACUGAGAUUUGAGAUUUCAUAUUAAGUGUUUCAUUGAUGGAAUAAGUAAAGUGUGGCUGAUUCCACAGCUGCAAUCUUUUCAGAAAUCUUCUGGAUGAUAAGUGCAACAAACAGAGCUUGAAACCAGAAGUGUGAGGACCCUCCGAUGUAUAAUUCAUGGUUGUAUAAAAUGUGAAUCUGAGCUGAGUUUAAUCCUAUAGCUAAUUUUAGAAGUUGCUGAAGCCAUUUAUAAGAUUCUAGUCCUAACUAAAGGUGAAAGUUUUGUAAGUUUUUCAGUUCUUUGAAAGUACAAUGUUGGGAUUUUCUGGGUGUGUGUUUU